AUGGCAUCAUCAGCUACCAACCUCUUCCCUUCUUUCCCCCUAACCGGGAUCGAGUUUCCCACCACUCCCCUCGUGUUAGCUUCUUACCAUCAAGCAAAGAAGUAUUCGACCCCAGGAGUCUUGAACCAUGUCCUACGUAGUGCGGCCUUUUGCCUUCUUCUCCAGAAGAAGAUGCCCGAGUUCUCCAAGCUGGGCGAUGAGCUCGACAAGGAGCUCAUUGUCGUGAGCUGUCUCCUCCACGAUCUCGCCUGGUCCAAGAACAAGGAGAUUGUGACCAACACCAGGCGUUUCGAGGUCGACGGUGCCAACCUCGCUCGCGACUUCAUCGACUCAUACCCCGAGAAGGAGAGCACCUGGGACAGGAAGGGCCGCCGCAUGCAGCUGGCCUGGGAUUCCAUCGCCCUGCACACUAUGGAAGUCUUUGCGCCCUGGAAGGAGCCCGAAGUUGCGCUCGUCCACUAUGGUAUUCACGGCGACCUCCUUGGACCGAGCCUGCAUCUCUUGGGCCUUCCGGAGGACCUGCCGAACUUGAAGGGUGUCAUGACCGAUGAAGAGUUCAAGGAAAUCUGCAACGCCUUCCCUCGCAACCACUUUGCCGACGAGUUCAAGGAGAUCUUCUGCGGUUUGUGCAGGGACAGGGGCCGCUACACCUUCGACAGCACUGUUGUGCACUACGGCUUGGAAUGGGGCUUUGAUGGCAAGGGCGCUGGAAAGGAAGAGUUCAACAAGUUCGUGGAGGAUACUCAGCGCGCCAAGAACCUGUACAAGAUGAUGAGCUCCAUUGAUAAGCUCGCCGACGAAGCUUAA